GAUUUCCCUCCACACAAAUAAUACUGUAUGAAGACAUUGUUUUACCAGUUCCGCGGCUUCCUUCCCACCAGUGCAAGGACAUCUGCCAAAUUCCCCCAGAGCAGCUCAUCUCCAGCUUCUCCAUCCUCCACAGCUAAAGCUGAUGCCUGUUGGAGGAGGCUGGGAAGACAGGAGCACUGGGUUUGAAGGAACAUAAUUGCCUGCUAGGAUGGCACUGGCCAGCUCACUUUCCAGCAAGCCGGUGCCACCAGGCUCCAGAAAAGUUUCUGCGGUGGGGGUGGAAGGUCACCAGAGCAAGCUGGAUUUUUUCUGCAAGCUGGGAUAUGGUAAACAGGACAUAUGCAAAGUCCUGGAGAACCUGGGCCAAGAGGCUCUGGAGGAUGAUGUGCUGAAAGAGCUGAUUCGGAUGGGGAGCAAACCUCAAGCUCUGGAAAGCCAGGCUCAACCUUCCCAGCUAAAACUUGUUGCCCGUGGAUCAUGUAGCACUUCACCAGGGUCGAAGUGGCUUGGAGAAGAUGACGGUGAUUCUUCCAGUCACUUGAGACCCAUUGUGAUCGAUGGCAGCAACGUUGCAAUGAGUCAUGGAAACAAAGAGGUAUUCUCCUGCUGGGGGAUCCAGCUGGCAGUGGAUUGGUUUCGAGAAAGGGGGCACACAUACAUCAAGGUUUUUGUCCCACUCUGGAGAAAGGAGCCCCCUCGUCAAGACAGUCCGAUUGCAGAUCAGCAUAUUCUUGAAGAGCUUGAAAAGCAAUCGAUCCUUGUGUACACCCCAUCCCGGAAGGUGAAAGGCAAGAGGGUAGUUUGCUACGAUGAUCGCUAUAUAGUGAAGGUCGCUUAUGAGAAAGACGGAGUCAUUGUCUCCAAUGACAAUUACCGGGACCUCCAGAAUGAAAACCCCGAGUGGAAAUGGUUUAUUGAGCAGCGACUACUCAUGUACUCUUUUGUCAGUAACAGGUUUAUGCCUCCCGAUGACCCGUUAGGCCGGCAUGGACCCACUCUUAGUAACUUCCUCAGCAAAAAGCCAGUGCUUCCUGAACCAAAAUGGCAGCCUUGUCCCUAUGGUAAAAAAUGCACCUAUGGCAAUAAGUGCAAAUUUUACCACCCAGAGAGACCACACCAAGCUCAGCUCUCAGUGGCUGAUGAGCUCAGGGCCAAAACAGGGGUUCCGUUAAGCCUGAGGAAAGAGGAGAAGUGUAACUGCUUGAUGUACAGGACAGGAGGAGAUCCUGCACCACCUCAUGCCUGCACAGAAUCACUGCCAGAAGCCAGCAGCUACCCAGGGUGGUCCCAGGGAAGCUGUCCUGAGUGGCCAUCUGGCACCUGGGCUGGUGGCCCCGGCUUUGACUUGGGUCUGGACCAGCAGUUUCUACAUCCAGAGCUGCUGCGAGACCAGCCGCUCUUGGAGAAGAUGUCAGCGCUAUCCAUCGGUAACGGCACCUACAGCUACAACGGGCCCACACAUCCCUCUCAGGACAGAGAGGUGACGGACAGCCCUCAUCGCUGCAGUGACCUCAGGCACAACCCCUACUCCCUUCAUCACCCCCACAGCUUGGACCACGCCAGCCCACCAGGAUGCCCCUUCCAGCGACCGGUGCUCCUGCCUGCGCGGGGCGGGAUGAGCCCAGACUGGAGGUGGCCCCAGGAGUGCUGCAGCACACACAGGAUGGGUCAGAGGAGCCCUUACGUCCCCAGUGGUGCUCAGCACAAACGGGUCCUGGAGACCCAGCCCCGUGUUUUGCCGCAGUCCACAGCUCUUCCACCGGACCCGCUCCACGUGUACAGCGAGCAUCACCUGCAGCAGCAGCACUGCUUCCCCAGCCCGCACCCACGGCACCCCUUCCUCUUGGACUCCAGCAAGGAGCUGGGCUUCUUCCAGAAAGCCCAUGCUUACCCCGACACCCCUUACAGUGACUACUGGCCCACCCCAGCUGUGAGACCACCAUCUGCCCAGCAAGCAGACAUACGCAGGGAGCUGUGCUCCCUCUUCCCUUACGGCGAGGUUGACCACGUCAUGGCUUUGUACCCUGAUAUCAGGGAUAUCGCCAGUUUGACUUUACUGAUUCAAAGACACAGAAACUUGUGAAGCUGCCAGAUCAAACCUUUCCCAACAAGCGUAUAUCCCAGGGCAAAAAAGAUGCUGCUCUGAGGCUUAACCAAACCUUACUAAAGGGCUCAAUGGCAAGGGUUAUAGCUGUUCCUGGAGCACGUCUAAGCAUCAACCGGCUACCUCACAUGGGGCAUCACGUCAAGGCAAAUGCUGCCAUUCAAUGCAGUGGGAUCUCAUCUGCCUUCCAUGGAAGCGAAUGGGAGGGCUCGGGGUAACCGGACUGUCAGAAUUUGAACCUCACUGGUGGCCAGUUUCAGGAUGGCAUGGAUCUUCAUUAGCACCUUGAAACACCAGACAUGUUUUUACAGUCCUAACCUAUUGUUCAACUACCAUAAAAGUACCAUACUCCCCAGUAAAAGGCUCUCCACAGACACUCCCAUGACUACCUACUCAACAAGGAUAAACAGGAGUUUGGACUGGUUCCCCUAACACAGGGCUGUCGGGCAUCUUUGGGUCUGUGUUAUUGCCUGAUAGAGGUCCAGCCCUCUGUCAGCGAGCUUUCAAAGGUACAUCUCCUGUUUAUAAAUCAAUGCUGUGACCGUGCAGAAUCAUGAGCAGAGGUGGGGGAGGUAUCCCAGAGCACCUGAAGGAAGCUGCAGGUAUUUUUCUCAGGGAUCACACACAAUGUGAAUCAAAUCAGGGAAGUAAUCUCCAGUCUAUGUCCUGAUGUGGGCUAAGGGAUCAGGGCUGUUAAUUAAAAAAAGGAAAAACUCAGAUGUUACCAAGAGAGAAAAAAAACAACAACAAAACCCUUUAAAGUGUCUCUGUUGUAUUGAACAAGAAAACUACUGUUAACUUAAGCAUGGUCUCAUAAUGCAAUUAUAGAGCUGAUUUAUGAUUACAAACAUUUAAACUGUGUUCUGUUGGGACGUUUAUUUUUUCAGUAAACUGUAAAGCUGCUAAUCUCUGCAUUAUUCCACUGAAUUCUUCAGGUUGUGAUUCAAAUAUUAAGGUUGGUCCAGAAGGU